GUAUAUUAAUGCACAAAAGCCCUCUUCUAAAGGAAAAUAUCCGAUUAAAUAAUAAUCAAAGACCAACUUAUUUGAGCAAAAGCAAAUUAAAAACAUCUUCUUUAGAAAAAAACUCAAAUUCAAACCGAUCAUUAUUAAACGAAAUUUAAAACUAAACUCCAAAUUAACCUAAAAAAAAUACAUCUACAUAACCAUCUGAUCAAAAAUUACAUAAUUGUAUUUAGAUAAAUUAUAAAAGAAGGUUAAAUUCUGAAAUCACUUAUGAAAAUAUAAAAUAGAACCAAUCCAAUAUUAACUUAAUAGAAUUGCUAUGCUGGCAUAAAAUUGAACUUUAAUAAUUACUUAUGUAAUAUUAUAUAUUUAUAUAAACAAGCGAAUGAAGAAAAAAGAAUAAAUACAAAUCAAUACAAUUCGUUAAAUUAAACAGUUUAACCAUCCCCUAAAGCCAAAACAAUUUCAUUAUCCACAUAUACAGUAAAUUCAGUAAUUUAUUAAUAGAGUACUUAAAGUCCAGAAGUUAGAGAAAAAGAGAUGAGAUAAGAGAAAAUUACUUCAUUUAAAUAGUUAAUUCAAUAAACAAAAUAAAGUUUAGAGAAAAUGAAAAUAUAAGAUAUCAAACAUUCUAUUGAUAAUAUUUUCGAUAGUACUAUUCAACCAUUACUUUAAUUAAAAGUACUGAAUAUUUUUAUUAAAUUAGAAUGAUGUUAUAAAAUAAAUUGAGAAAUGUAUUAAUGCUGAACAAUAUUAAAUUCGAUCAACUAUUGAUUCAUUAAAGAAAAUGGAAGAUGAUAUCUUAUCUAAUGAAUUCAAUAUCAUAGAAUAUAUGACGAUGGGACCUUUUAAUGAGAUUAUGUCAAUUUAUUAAAAGAGGUUUUAAGAACAUUCUAUUUUCACUUAAUAAUUAACUUAAUAAGAACUUGUAAUAAAUUAAUUUUAAAAAUUGCAUGAUAAUUUUACUUAAUAAAAUUAAUUGUUAUGUAAGUAAUUAUAACAGUCUUUUUAAACAUAUUUAUCUUUAUUUAUUUCCUUUUAAAAUAAGGAGGACUUUUAUGAAUUGAAAGAUAAUAAUAACGUUCAUUAAUAUACUUAAAGCAAUAAUUAAUAUACAUAAGAGAAUUUAUUUUAAACUUGUGAAACUAACAAUUCUAUUGAUGAAGAUUAAGUCAUCAUGAAGGAUUAAUAAGUUGUAAGAAUUCCGGAUAAGACAUCUUAAUUUACUUAAUUACUCAUGAUGAAAGGAUUAAAUAAUUCUAAAAAAGUGAUUUUAGCAGAAUCACCACAAUUCAAAAAUUGA